AUAAGAGCUCUGGUACUAGCUGCGGACGAGCGCCCGAAAAGAGGGGGAAUGUUUUGAGUGACGCACCAAUAAUUCGGUCGCGUGCUGUUUCGGUUACUUCGGAAUCAUUUGGUGUCGUCACCUGGAGUGUGAUGUCAGAGCGAGCGAGCGAGGGGACAAUGCCUGACCGAGACCGGAAUGUGCUAGGCAAUUACCUCAGCCGCCUGGUGGAGAUUGCAGACGAGCAUCUUAAUGUGGUUCGGGUAUGGGGGAACAUGCCGCAUGUUAGUACGGGCCUGGCAGUGGCCGGAGUUGUGAUGUUUGCCAGAAGCGUUAGACUAUUUACUAAAUUUAACAAUGCUCGAGAGAUACCUGAUAGCUUUAUUGAAAAACACGUUAAACUUCGAGGGAAAGUGCACCAUGUAACAAAAUACGGACUAGAAGUAGAGCAUGUUCCUAUUACACUUCCUAUUGUUUCAUUUCUACAAAGAAGGCAGUCAAGUGGUCGACUGAUGGUUCGAUUGGCUGGCUUGCAAAUGACUGAUGAGGGCAAAGCUUGGUUAAAAGAGCAAAUCAAACCUUCUCACAUUGUUUGGUUCCAACCUCUGAGGAGGGAGAAUUCUUUUAUUGAUUCUAUUGUAAGAUUAAACAAAAGUAGGUUUUUCUCGGUCUCUCUGAAUGAAGAGAUUUUAAGGAGAGGCCUUGGGCGAGCUAUUAACAUUGAGGGUCUACAAUCGAAUCCUAAACUGUACUGGAGAUUACAGUCAAAGUUGCUUAAAGCAGAACUAAAAGCUCUGAGAAAAGGUAAAGGCAUCUGGAAAGAAGCUACUUUAUUAGAAACAAUCUCGGAUAACCUACAGAAGUUCAAGAUUUUCCUUAACCUAAAUAAUCUCAAGUCAUGGGUCAACUCUUUCAGAAAAAAAUAAUUUAUUCAGUUGUAGCAGAAGCUUGUACAGUUAAAUUUUUACAAUAAAUCCAACUGCUUUGUCAUCCUUAAGUAUUACAGAUAUAAGAUAUGUUAUCUUUGUUUAAGAAAGAGAGACUUAUCGUAAAAUGCAAAGUGUUGCAUUUCAGCUUGCUUGUUUGUUCGAAAAUUGACUUCUUGUUCCAGAUUCUAAACCAUGCACCAGUAUGUAACAACAGGUAAAUUUGGCCUGUAUAUUAGCUCUACUCUUUUCACAUUAGUGCUUUACUUUGACGGAUAGAAUAAUAAUCUACUGCAGUGAGACAACUUGAGAGUUGGAGCCAUGCUGUGCUUUAUCUAAUGAAGGAACCAAUAGAACCAAAUUGUUUACCUUUUCCUUCCAACUCAUGAUCUUUAAUUAAACAUAGUAAGACAUAUAUAAAAGGACUCAAAAAAGAACAAAUAUUGAGAGAACUAAGUACCUGAAAACUGGAAUUUCAAAUUAAUAUGUGGUAUAUAGUACAUAGUAUGAUCUGCUGAAUCCCCUCCUGAAUUUUUCUACCUGUCCUGAGACUUAUGUUUAGAAUUUUAAAUAUAUCAUACAUUCAGCAUAUUUUCCCCUUUAUUCUCCUGUUUCUGCUGGUAAGUAGAACUGAGAAAUGCAGUUUUGCUACACUCUGCUUUUGCUGAGUGGUUUGAAAUGUAACAGGUGUUUAGAGUGCAGACAUCUUAAGUGACCAGAACUGCAUGCUCGUGUAUGGGAGAGGGAUUUUAUAAACAAAUAAUGGAAGUUGUUACCUGUCACUAAAAUCUGUGGCGGUAUGCAUUCCUUUCAUGCACUUGAAUGGAGUGCUGGCUGUCUCAAUUUUGAGAGCACCUGAGAAUUUCGUAAUGUACAAUGACAGAGCAAGAGCAACAGAUGCAUUGGAAAACAAAUGAGAGUCAAAAAGAAAUCCAAAAAUAUAUAACAUUGCUGUAUUUCUCAAAACACUUGAAUGCUCUGUCAAGUAAAUCUAAAUUUAUCGUACAAUUCACUCCUAAAUUAAAGACACCUAAAGGAUACGUAUUAGGUGUCCAUUAUUGGCAGGUCUGUGUAGUUUUGAAUCGGUACAGAUUAGCUAAUUAUUCUGAGAUUGGCUAUAUCUCCUACAGUGUUGUUUUUUUUUCUGUCUCACCCCUGAUUGAGAUUGUGCCUAGUGCUAAAUGCCUGCCAGCAAGAUAUAAUUUCUGUUCAAAUUUCUUAGUUCAUUGCCAUCCCAAUAUUCUUUGCAAUUGAGAGAGAAAUAGCAUGGUUCUUGUAUCUAUUGCAGUGGAAAUCUGAAUAGGGCUAGAAGGCUGGUGGAGGAAUAGAGUGCAUGGCAAGUUCCAGCACAGUUUAGAGGAGGAUUAAUAUACUGAAAAACCUUCUCUGAGACUACCUGUCUCUCUGCUGCAGCUGGUUAUGUUUGAGUAGCUUGAUGUGGCUGUUGAUAUCUGUCAGUAGCUACCGUGCUGGUGGAGUAAGGCUGCUGACUCUGAUUUGAGCCAAACCUGGAAGUUUGAUCAUGUGCUAUCAUAUGAGAUCAGAUGACAUUUACAAAUGUUAGUUUUACCGUCUGUAAACUGCGGGCCAAUGAAACAAACAGUAUGAAACCAGCAGAAGUUCCAAGAACCAGGAGGCCAUCCAAAAGCAGGCACAGAGAGAAAAUUGAGGAUGAAGGAACGGGGGAAAACGAUUCUCUCCAAUGCUCUUCCUAUGCUUCACACACCCCUGCACCACCCCCCCCCCCCCAAACAAACUUCUCAAAAAUCUUAAUAUCCACUUCAUUUUCUUCAAUUGCCAGUGUCAGGCCUAUAAUUUCCACCUGCCCUCAUAUCUUGCUUAAUGUAAAGGAAGUUGUUUACUUUGGUUGAUUUCUCUAAUACUAUCUUUGUGUUAAAGCUGUGCAAAUAAGAGUUUUCCAGACAAUGUACGUGGCACACUUUUUUCCCCCCUAACCUUGCAUUUACCUUAUGUAUCCAGUGUUUAAGGUUGCAAAUGGACUUGGUGUAUCGAAGUUGCCCACAGUUUGUAUUUUUCAAGGGAAAAUAGGAACAUUGCAACGGGAGUAGACCAUUUGGCCUCUCAAGCCAGUUCUUCCAUUUAAACGAGAUUGUAGCUGAUCUGUAGCCUAAUUUCACAUAUCUACCUUUGACACAUUUCUCUUAACCCCUUUUUUUGAAUAAUUAAUAAAAAUCUGUCUCAGAUUUAAAUCUUAAGAACUGAUCUAGCAUCAACUGACAUUUGUGGAAUAGAUUGCCAAACCUCUAUCACCCUUUUUGUGUAAAGUGCUUUCUAACAUCUCUGCUGAACAGUCUUGCCCAAAUUCAAUAGCGCAAGUUAUCUGGCACUGUUAGUGACCGUGUAUUGGGAAUGUCCAUCUGUACUGGACUUGCUGUGAAAUAGUGUAGUAUUGAAUGCUUCAUUUAAAAACAUGACUAAUAAAUGUGGCUAAUUCAGAGGAUUCAAAUGAAUGAUGUUAAAGUGAGUUUCAUCUACCAGAGUAGCUCCAAUAUUAUAACACAUACAGAACAAAAGAAAUGCACACUUUUGGUGUUUCUAACUAGGACUGGAAACAUGAGUAAAGUUGUUCAAAUGUGAAUCUUCCUUGGACUGAUUCAUCUUUUAAUUUUCAUUUUAAAGUCUGCAAUGUAACAUACAAGAUACACUUCAUAUGAUAUUUUUGUAACUGUUAUGAUAUCACAAUUGUGUGCAUAGUAAAAAGCCUGUUUGUUUUUUUUUAAAAAUCAAUAAACAGUGCAAGUAUGUUGUGAA